UCCUCCAACCACACUGGCUGGGUUGUUGAAUCGAUCCUGACAUGAGGACAGGAGCCGCGCCCUGCCCAGCAGACCUUACAGCCUUACAUCAGUGCAACUGACUCAUACGAGUCCAACAUUGGAUAACCAAGGCCCAAUGGAGAGUUGGUGCACAGAAGAGGGUCCUGGACCUGGGAUCUUCAGAACACAGUUGGGAGACCAGCAGCAACCCAUCUCUCAGUUCCAGCGCUGGUGCUGCCUGCAACGUGGCUGUGCGAUCCUGGGAGCCCUGGGGCUGCUGGCUGGAGCAGGUGUUGGCUCAUGGCUCAUAGUAUUGUAUCUAUGGCCAGCCGCCUCUCCACCCAUCUCAGGGACGUUGCAGGAGGAAGAGAUGGCCCUGAGCUGUCCAGGAGUCAGCAGUGAGGAAGAGCUUCUCCCAUCUCUUCCCAAAACAGUAUCUUUCAGAAUAAAGGGUGAGGAUUUCCUGCUUGAAGUGCAAGUACGGGCUCGGCCAGACUGGCUCCUGGUCUGCCAUGGGGGCUGGAACCCUGCCCUGGGGAUGCGCAUCUGCCAGAGUCUUGGGCACCUCAGGCUUGCUCAGCACAAGGCAGUGAAUCUGCAUGACAUUAAGCUCAACAGAUCGCAGGAAUUUGCUCAGCUCUCUGCUAGCCUGGGAGGCCUACUAGAGGAGGCAUGGCAGCCCAGCACUAACUGUCCUUCUGGCCGAAUUGUUUCUCUCAAAUGCUCUGAGUGUGGGGCAAGGCCUCUGGCCUCUCGAAUAGUUGGCGGACAGACUGUGGCUUCUGGGCGCUGGCCAUGGCAAGCGAGCGUGAUGCUUGGCUCCCGGCACACGUGUGGGGGCUCUGUGCUGGCACCCCACUGGGUAGUGACUGCUGCCCACUGCAUGUACAGUUUCAGGCUGUCCCGCCUAUCCAGCUGGCGGGUUCAUGCAGGGCUCGUCAGCCACAGUGCUGUCCGUCAACACCAGGGAACCAUGGUGGAGAAGAUCAUUCCCCACCCCUUAUACAGCGCCCAGAACCAUGACUAUGACGUGGCUCUCCUGCAGCUCCGGACACCACUCAACUUCUCAGACACCGUGGGCGCUGUGUGCUUGCCGGCCAAGGAGCAGCACUUUCCAAGAGGGUCGCAGUGCUGGGUGUCUGGCUGGGGCCACACCGACCCCAGCCACACUCACAGCUCAGAUACGCUGCAGGACACAGUGGUACCCCUGGUCAGCACCCACCUCUGCAACAGCUCAUGCAUGUACAGUGGGGCGCUAACACACCGCAUGCUGUGUGCCGGCUACCUGGAUGGAAGAGCAGAUGCAUGCCAGGGGGACAGCGGGGGACCCCUGGUGUGUCCCAGUGGUGACACGUGGCAUCUUGUAGGGGUGGUCAGCUGGGGUCGUGGCUGUGCGGAGCCCAAUCACCCAGGUGUCUAUGCCAAAGUAGCAGAGUUCCUGGAUUGGAUCCAUGACACUGUGCAGGUCCGCUAGCUGCAGGAGAAGCAGUUGCCGUGUCUGAUGCAGAACUGUGGAUCUCCCAUGGAUCAUCCCAGACCGAGGGCCUGCAGCCGGGUCACCGGGCCUCUCCCCUAAGGCUCUGCCUUUCAGUUCCUCUUUCCAUCUGAGAGCCUCCACAACAGGAAAGAGGCUGAGGCUGGAUUGGGAAUGAUGGCAAGAGGAAGGGAUAAGAGCACGAAAGACAGAAGAGGCUUCUGGGAGCAUCUGGGACUUUCCCUCCGCCUUCCACACAUCCUAUGUACAUCUGCUAGGAAAAUGCUGGAGGUGCCCUUAACCCUGCUUUCUCCAGGGGCCACACUCUAGACGAUGCCCUGUCUCAAGGGUUCCUGGGCAGAUAAGGUUAAGGCUGGACCAGCUCAGGUAAAAAAAAAUAAAAGUCAAGGUUCUCUUUCUGUGUACCCACUGUUCCUGUUCUGAGCUAACUCUCAUAGCCCUGAAAUAGGCAGGAGUCUACAAGGUAAGAAAGAUGGAGUUGGGCUAGGAUGCCAUUUUUCAAAUGACAGUUCUGUAAAUUGGUUGCAAGAGUUUUGUUAUUAAA